UGUCAGUUAAAGUACCUAUAACCUUGUAAAAAAUGACAAAGUGUAGUUAUUAAAUACAAAUUGUUUUUUUUAUUGAAUGAUUUUAUUUAUACUUUCAUGUUUUAAUCGUUUAUAUAAUGAAUGAAAAAAGGAAUGAAAAAAAUGAGAAUGGAAUGAUAAAUAUUUGUGAGCCCAUUGCUACAGUGAAAGAAAAAACAUGGAAAUAUCAACAAUACUAUAUAGGAGAAAGAGAUGAGGAGAUCAGACGAAGUGGGGAAGGAGAAAAUACUUGGACAGGAGCUAAGUCCUUAGAGUGGUAUGCAGGAAGGUUUAUUCGUAAUACCAUGCACGGUGUUGGAGAUUACCACUGGCGCUUCCUUGGGCCUGAGAACACGUUCGUUACAUACGAGGGACAUUUCUAUUGUAACAGCAUGCAUGGCUACGGUAUUAUGUCAUACCCUGACGGAAAGACAUUCAGUGGCUUAUUCUCCAAUAACGUUCGAUUUGGUCCCGGCGUGGAAUCCCAUUCUAAUGUUACCGAAAACGUUGGGUUAUGGCGAGGAAAUAAACUGAUAAGACUUGCUUGGCGACCAGAGGCACCGUGUGUCACUCCUGACUUCCUUACAAACCCCAACGGACAAAUAGCUGUUGAACAAUUCAGAACUAUACUCACUACCGAAAUUGAAACUGUCGGCGAAGUAAACAAUGCUCUAGAAUUGCUUAAACAGAAAGGAGCAGAUCCCCGUGUUGCUAUAGAGAAAUGGAUGAAAUUGUUUCCAAAAAAUUGCACUGAUCUUGCCAGCAAACUUUGCCAGAUAGAUAUCUUUGAUAGAGAUUAUUAUAAAGGAAAAAUAUAUGCAUUACAAGAAGUCGAAAAAGUACCAGAAAGAGAAGAAACGCUACAAAUAGACCAAAACUUGAAUGAAAAUACUCCGCAAGACGUUUGUACAUUUUACGCUUGGAAUAAUAGUAGUAUAAUGAUAAAUAUAAUGAAACAUUGCUAUAAGCAUGAAAGACAGAGGAGCAUCACAAGAAUAAACCUGAAGUCUAUCCUAUCUGGGCCAAGAAGCAAUUUUAAACCGACUGGUAAUCACGAAGUCAACUGCAGGUCAUUACUUAUGGCUAGUUAUUUAGGGUAUAUAACAGAAGUAGCAGAACUCAUUAACACGGACAAUGUUCUUCCCGAUGUGUCAGACAUUCAAGGAAAUACUGCUGUUAUGUAUGCUGCUGUCGGUGAUCAAAUUGAAGUAAUUCAUUUUCUCGUGGAAGCUGGUGCUAACGUAAAUUAUUAUAAUGAUUGUUGUUGCACACCACUAGGAGUUCUUUUGAUGCGGUAUGCUUGUACUCAGAGAGAUAUUUCACACAACGCGAUGGUUCAAGCUUUGUUACCUUCAACGACGUUUGCACCUCCAGCAAUAGAACCCAAUAUUGUUGAAUGGAAUAUAGUGCGUGAAUUGACAUGUCAAAGUCCUGGAAAUGUACUAACUAAGAGUCCCAGUAAGAUCACACGGAACUUGAGCUCAAAGAAAGUUAAAUCUCUUAUGUCAAUAAAAGAUCAACCAACUUCGAAAAGAAAGCAGACCGACGCUGGAUUACCGAAAGUUUCUGAACCAGAUUAUGAAACUGAAGAAGCGUUGAUGAAACAGAUGAAAAAUGAAACAGAUGAAAAAAUAUUAUAUAACAAUCUCAAUCGAGAGUAUUGUAUUAAAAUAACAGAUGACUUUACUUUGCCGUUUGGUACUAACAACAAUCAAUAUAUCUUUGACAUAAACGACAUGGUUAAGGAGAUUGAUUCAUUCGAUGAAGAACUGAAAAAACCAGUAGAAAAAAAUCCAAAGAAAGUUAUAUCAAAAGUAAUUAAAGAUACUAUGAAAAUUAGUAAGGAUUUGAUGUGGCAAAAUGACGAAAUACAAUCAAUAGACAGUGAACAAAAACUUAAAAACGAUAAACUGUCCCGAAUUAUGCAAACUAUUACACAGCUACUCGCAGACGGUGCUGAUCCAAAGUUAGUUAAAUGUCCACAGCCAGCCUUAUUCAUAGCUGUUAUGUCUAACAGCUCGGAUUUAAUACGAAGUUUAAUGAAGUCUGGUGCUGACAUCAAUGAAAUCUAUCCGCAGGUUUACCACUAUACACCAUUAGAUAUCGCCAUAUCUCGGCCAUACAACACUGAAAAUUUGGAAAUUGUAGCAACGUUGUUGGAAUGCGGAGCAGACACACGGCAUUUAUUAAAAUAUCAGCAAGAAGACAAGGAACCAGAUGUUCCAGAAAUUUUUACUCCUGGACCUACUCUAUUUCAUGCUGUACUUGCCAGAAAAGUUGACAACGUAGGAGAAGAAGAUAUACGUCGUCAGCUUGUGGAGCUAUUACUACAAUAUAACUGUGACCCAACAGCCCAGUUUAAAGGCAGUUCGGCAAUAGACGUGGCCAUGAACCAUAAUUUCGAUCUCCUCGAUGUAUUUAUAAAGAAUCCUAAUACGAAUCUUAAUGCGAAAAUAAAUAGCUUUAAUCAAAGCAUCCUUAUCAAAAUGUUUAGUAAUCCAUUCUUUAGAAACGCUCCAAGUGGAAGUCGUCUGCAAACGUUCACGAAUCUUUUAUCUUACGGAGCUGAUCCACUUAUUGAGUGUCAAAAUGGUGAACAAAUUUACAGCAAUAUAUUUGUUUUCGCAAAGAAAACUCUUUCCGAAAUGGAAAAUGCUCCGGGAAAAAUAUCUCCUACAGUCGCAAAACAAGAUUCCAAAGUGAAGAAAGCUGACAAACCAAAAAAGGAAGACAGACUAAGCACUAAAUCCAUUGCAAAAAUGGCGGUAGACGAUAUUGAAGAUUACAGACAAGCAAUCGAACAAGUAACAGACUGUGCUAGACUUAUUUACAUAAGAUGGCUGCAGUCCAGGCUUGUCAAAGAGAUGGUUAAAGUAAUAGACAGAUACAAACAUAGACAGUGGAAUAUGAUUUUUAAAGAAUUUAAAGACACAAGAGGUCACGGACUUUGGCUUACACCUCAACGAUCUUUGGAAAUAUGGAGUAUAUUAUCUAAAACUAGAAAGAAGGCCUAUAAUGAUGAGCGAAAUUUGAGACAUUUACUUUGCAUUACCAUUUACGUGUCUUGGAAAAGUUUUGAGCCUUUAAAAAAUAUUAAGUUAUCUGUCACACCAUUAACGGCUUCUCUUAAAAGCGUUAUAGAAACUGAUGUGACACGAAUGUUGCGACAGUACAGAAGAAAUAUUAAAUCAUCGGACAUUAAUCCAUGGGAAUAUUCCUGUGUAAAACCAGAAUUGAUGAAAGACAUCAAAAAAUUCAAUAUUUGUUUUGAAUGCGCUCUGCCAUUUGAACAAGAUAAAAUCGUAUGUUCUUGGUGUAAGCUGGUCUCGUUUUGCUCAUACGAGUGCAUUAAAAUGAAUAUUGAAAGAGCCAAUUGUCACCCGUGUAGCGACUUCUUGAAGUUAAAAUAUUUUCCUUCACCCGAUGUUAGUUCUACCUUUAUUUAA